AUGAUCGCAACCAGGUCUUCCGCCCUAUAUCUCUUUGGAGACCAGAUUGCCGAUGUUCUUCCAUGCAUCCAAGACCUCAGUCGACGCGCAGCUAACUCGGACGGACUGCGUCGUUUCUUGCGCUCUGCAACGGAUAGUCUGCGCAAGGCGAUACAUCAAGCGUCCUUCCGUGAGAGACAGGCAUUUCCUUCAUGGGACUCUCUCACGGACCUUGCUACUGCCGUCGAACAUGGUGCUGCCCAUUGCCCGGCCUUGAAGGCUGCCCUUUGCUGCGUCUCUCAACUCGGCCAUGUUAUCCUCUAUCUUGAACAGUUUCCGAGAGCCUUGGAAUUCGGCUCUUCAUCUACACCCGGCCAGGAUGCCGUUCUGGGAAUCUGUACCGGCUCAAUCGCAGCCUCUGUCUUCUCUUGCUCCCGAAACAUUACUGAGCUGCAGCACAUCGCACAUCAUGCAGUGACUUUGGCCUUCCAGCUUGGACUGGAAGCAUCUCGACGAUCAGGGUAUAUUCAGCCUUCCAAAGACGCGAAGAUCAGGGGUAGCUGGUCUACUCUUGUGAGCAAUGUCGCGGUGGAAGAAGUCCGGGAGGCCGUGGCAUCAUUCAAUGCUCGGAUGCCCUCAAAGAGCAGCCGCAGAGUGUACAUCAGCGCACAUAGCGCAUCUUCAGUGACCAUUAGCGGUCCACCAUCAUACACGGCAGAGCUGCUACAGCAAGAGUCUGUCUUUCAAGGGCGAAAGACUAUUCCAUUGCCAAUCGCCGCCGCCUUCCACGCGGAGCAUCUCGAUGCAGUACCUUGGAAGAAACUCACCCAGACCUGCGUCGAUGCGCCCUUUGAGACAUUCAGGCCCAACAUGCCAUUGAUCUCGCCAAGGUCCGGUCUGCCUUAUGCUGCCGACAACCUCUCCGAACUACUGAUCCAGGUCGCCGACGACAUUCUACAACAGCCCAUUAUCCUUGAGGAAGCCGUCAAGGGGGUGGCAAGCCUGGCAAGUCCGUCCAUCUCACUCCUCUCCUUUGGCCCGACCAGCUCCAAGAAGACGAUCAUCACUUCUUUAAAAGCAAUGACCGGUAUUGAAGUGGACGACAAGAGCGAAGUGACUUUCAAAACAUCCGCGGAUGAGCCUGAUACCGAAAACGCCAUUGCCAUCGUCGGCAUGUCAGUACGUCUUCCAGGUAGUGAAACUCUCGAGGAGUUCUGGAAGGUAUUGGAGCAAGGACGAGAUCUCCAUGAAAAGAUCCGCGCAGACCGGUUCGACGUUGACACGCACUGCGACCCCACCGGAAAGAUCAGAAACACGACCUUGACUCCGUACGGAGUGUUCAUAGACCGACCAGGCUAUUUCGAUACACGCAUGUUCAACAUGUCCCCUCGAGAAGCGGCCCAGACAGACCCCCAGCAGCGAAUGCUGCUGCUGACGACAUAUGAGGCGCUGGAGAUGGCUGGAUACACUCCCAAUGGCAGCCCAUCGACCAACACUCGUCGGAUUGGCUCCUGGAUGGGCCAGACGAGUGACGACUGGAGAGAGGUCAAUGCUAGCCAGAACGUCGAUACGUACUUCAUCACAGGUGGUAUCCGUGCUUUCGGUCCCGGUCGGCUCAACUACCACUUCGGCUGGGAGGGGCCUAGCUAUUCGUUGGACACCGCCUGCUCUUCAAGUGCUGCGGCGAUUCAGCUAGCUUGCUCAGCGUUGCUUGCUCGCGAAUGCGAUACGGCUUUGGGAGGAGGCGCCAAUUUCCUCACUGCGUCUGAUCUGUUCGCUGGUCUAAGCAGGGGAAGCUUCUUGUCUAAGACCGGUGGCUGUAAGACAUUCGACCAUGAUGCCGAUGGCUAUGUCCGAGCAGAUGCCGUGGGUGUUGUUGUGAUGAAGCGCCUGUCGGAUGCAGUGGCCGAGCGUGACAACAUCCUAGCCGUUAUUAGGGCAACGGCAACCAAUCAUUCCGCCGAGGCCGUCUCCAUCACUCAUCCCCACGCAGAGACCCAAGAGCGCUUGUUUACGGCAGUCUUAGACAGGGCCGGUGUUCAGCCUCACAAUGUCGACUAUGCUGAGUUGCACGGAACUGGCACCCAGGCAGGCGACGCGACUGAGUCAAGAUCCGUGACAAACGUCCUGGCGCGCGGUCGAACUGCUUCCAAUCCUCUUUAUAUUGGAACUGUCAAACCGAACCUGGGCCACGGAGAAGCUGGCAGUGGAGUCACCUCUCUGAUCAAGGCGAUCAUGAUGCUGAGAAAGAACAUGAUCCCUCCGCACAUCGGUAUUAAAGGUCGCAUCAACCAGAAGUUGCCCAAACUCGCUGAGCUCAACACCCACAUCUCGUUCGGGAAAACUCCCUUCUUGCCCAGGGCCGAUGGCGACGGCAAGCGACGGAUCUUGAUCAAUAACUUCGAUGCGGCCGGUGGAAACACGAGCAUGCUCAUCGAAGAUCCUCCUGCCCGCCCACGGUCCGCGUCCACCGAUCCUGCUAUCCUCGAUCCCAGAGGCCACCAUGUAGUCGCGGUUUCCGCAAAGACCCCAACAUCAGCUAUUAACAACCUGCGACAAUUGCUGGCUCAUUUGAAGCAGAAUGCCGAGCUCGGGGUCCGUCUACAGGAUAUUUCCUACACAACGACCGCUCGCCGAAUGCACUACAAUGUUCGCCGUGCACUCGUCGCCUCAUCGGUCGAUGAUCUUAUCGCCAAGCUGGAAAGGCAGUCUGCAGAUGGCUCCCAGUGGGCCAAGCCUGCGAACAACCGGCCAGUGGUCUUCGCCUUCACUGGCCAAGGGUCACUGCGCGCUGGCAUGGCAAAGGAUCUGUUCACGACCCAGCCCACCUUCCGCGGAACGAUUCUGGACUGUGAUACGAUAUCAACUGCCCAUGGUUUCCCGUCGUUCUUGCCGAUCAUCGUUGAUCCUGCAAUGAGCGCCAAGUCUGCAACCCCCGUUCAGGCUCAAUUGUCUAUUGUCGCUGUCGAGCUUGCCCUCGCGGAGUUGUGGCGAUCGAUGGGUGCUGUACCCACCGCUGUGAUCGGUCAUAGCCUGGGAGAAUAUGCCGCCUUAUGUGUUGCAGGAGUCCUCUCCGUCAGCGACUGUCUCUAUCUCGUCGGAGCCAGAGCCUCCCUGAUGCUGGAAAAGUGCCAAGCUGCUUCGCACUCUAUGCUGGCGGCCCAGGAGACCGAAGGCAACCUCGAAAACAUCCUGAGCAACAAUGACAACCUGUCUGAGUGCGAAAUCGGAUGCGUCAACGGACCAACUUCCACCGUGGUCAGUGGGCCAAUUGAUCAAAUCGCUUUUUUGCACGAGCUUCUGCAGGCGGAGAAGAAGAAGUCUACUCAGCUUGAGGUUCAAUACGCAUUCCACUCGGCUCAGAUGGAACCCCUUCUCGAUGACCUCGUGAGCAUUUCUGAGACCAUCCAUUUCGCGACGCCUUCUAUUCCAUUCGCAUCUACCCAGCUGGGAACAGUAGUUACUACAGGUGGCAUUGUCGACUCCCAGUAUCUGAAGCGCCAGACCCGACAAAGGGUCCAAUUCACCCAGGCCGUGCAGGCCCUUGAGUCCCUGCACGCAGGUAACAGAGCCUCACCAGUCUGGAUAGAAAUCGGGCCAAGUCCACUUUGCCUCGGUAUGAUCCGGAACAUCGCAGGCAAGGAUCAGGUUCUCCUACCGUCCUUGAAGCGAGAUGAGGACGAUUGGAAGACCAUGACGCAAUCUAUUGCAUUGGCGUACGAUGCAGGUGUGGAUAUCGACUGGAGGGAAGUGCAUCGUCCAUAUGAGCAAGAUCUGAAUCUCCUUGAGCUGCCCAACUACGCGUUUGAUCUCAAGAACUACUGGUUGCAGUACGAGGGUGACUGGGCCAUUCGAAAGGGCGCCUCAUCCGAGACUACCCCGGUGCCGACCAAGCCUUUGCUGCCUGCUUUCUCCACGAGUGGACUUCAUCGCAUUGAGAGUCUCGUUCGCGAUGGCGAGACCGGAAUUUCGGUCACAUUUGCAUCCGAUGCAGCAGAGCCCAAGUUGAACAAGGCAUUGCGAGGCCACCUUGUUAAUGGUGCUGGUCUAUGCCCUAGCUCAGUCUAUGCCGACAUGGCAUUCACGGCGGCUGGCUAUAUCCAAAGGACCUUGGAUCCGUCGGCGGCGAUUGCUCCCAUGGACGUCCGAGACAUGGAAGUGCACAAGCCCCUUUUGAUUCAGCCAGGCGCAACAAAGCAGAUCAUCCGGGUCACUGCCACGUUGGAGCCUUCCAGUCAUUCCAUCGAGGUGAAGUUCGCAUCCGAGGACGGCGGCUCUCACCAGGACCAUGCUCAUUGCCGUGUCGAUCGCGGCGACGGUGAAGUAUGGAAGUCUGAAUGGGCGCGAACAAGCUACCUUGUCAAAUCCCGGAUGAACCAGCUGAUUAAGGACUCAAGUUGUGGAGAUGUCCACAAAGUCCUGCGACCGAUGGUAUACAAGCUGUUCGCUGCUCUGGUCGACUACGACGACAAGUACCAGGGCAUGCAGGAGGUCUACAUGGACAGCGAUCUCUUGGAGGCUACUGCCAAGGUCCGCUUCCGCACCACACCAGAAGAUGGCACCUUCACGUACAGCCCGUACUGGAUCGAUAGUCUGGCGCAUCUGUCUGGUUUCGUGUUGAAUGGUGCCGAUACUACGCCUGCCGACAGUGUGUACAUCUCGCAUGGGUGGAAGAGCAUGAAGAUCGUUGGGGAGCUCUCUGAAAAGAAGAACUACCAGAGUUAUGUGCGCAUGCAGGAGACCAAGACCAAGGGUGUCCUGUCCGGUGAUGUGUUCUUUUUGGAUGACGGUGAAGUGGUUGCUGUUUGCCAAGAGCUCAAGUUCCAGCGUAUCAAGCGCGCGAUUCUAGAUCACUUGCUACCUCCCACUCCGGCGACUGCGCCCACCGUGGUCGAGAGGAAGGUGGUCGAGAGGAAGCCUGUUCAAACUGUUACGCAGCGACCAACAACCGUCGUCAAGACAAAGACAGUUACCGCCGCGCCAAAUCACAGCAAUGUGCUCCAGAUCAUUGCUUCCGAGGUUGGUGUCGAUGUGUCUGAGCUUGCAGACGACGUUAUGUUUGCGGACUUGGGUGUCGACAGUCUUCUCACAAUCAGCAUUACUGCUCGACUGGGCAGCGAGCUCAACCAAGAGAUCCCAAGCUCGCUCUUCGUGGACUUCCCAUCAGUUCGAGAGCUUCGUGGUUAUCUCUCUCCCUCAACCGAGACCGCACCCGUGCCUUCGAAUGACAGCAGCGACAGCGGUGGCGAACCCUCCAGCAGUGACGAAGAUACCCAACCGGACACUCCGAUUACCGAAGCUGAAUCUCCCGCUAAUGGGGGCGUGAGGUCAACCGAUCACAUCAGGAAGAUCAUCGCCAAUGAACUGGAGGUUGACGUGGAUGAGAUCGAUGAGCACGUCCCUCUGGCGGAACUCGGCGUGGACAGCCUGCUCUCAAUCUCGAUCAUCAGCGCCAUCAAGACCCAAACCGGUAGGGUACUGCCGUCCAGCUUCCUGAAUGACCACCCAACCCUGGCAGAGAUCGAAAUCGCCCUUGAUGGCCGUCACGCUGCACCCGAGGUGUCACCCCCACAGCUUGCAAAGGCCCUCGAGAAGAUUCAAGAUCGAUCCAGCUCAUCAUCAUCCGAGUACAAGGCCGAAGCGAUUCUGCUUCAGGGGUCUCCUUCGGCCUCCCACGGGGCAUCGCUGUUCCUGCUGCCUGAUGGCUCCGGCAGUGCGAGCAGCUAUGUUGGGCUGCCCUCGCUAAACGCCCCCGGUCCAGUUUAUGGAUUGAACAGCCCAUUUCUGAAAUCACCAUCUUCCUUCAACUGCUCAAUCCAAGAAGUGGCCACCAUGUACGUCCGCGAGAUUCAACGCAUCCAGCCGCACGGGCCGUAUUGCUUGGGCGGAUGGUCGAUCGGCGGAUCCUUUGCAUUCGAAGCCGCGUCGCAGUUGAUCCAAAAGCACGAAAGAAUCGAGUCGCUGGUCCUAAUCGACGCCCCGUGUCCGAGUGUGUACCCACCUCUCCCAAUCGAGACAGUUGAUCUCCUCGAAACGAUCGGGGCGUUCGACGGUCUGAAGAAUGACAAGCGCGGCUCAACCACAUCGCAGCAGAGCUCCAUUCCUCGGACAGUCCGCGAACAUUUCAUCGGCUCAAUCAAGGCACUGAAAGCCUACGAACCCAAGCCAAUCCCUUUCUCGAGCCAAGGACCUAAGUCGGUCCUGGCUCUGUGGGCGCAGAACGGAGUCUGGGAGACAGUGGGCGAAGCUAAGAAGUCUCAAUUCCAAGAUCUAGCCCGCAUUCGCGGAAACCAAGCCGAAGAUUGGAUCCUGGACCCACGAGGAAAUGCCGGGCCCAACGGCUGGGAUAGUUUAGUGUCGGGAGUCCCCAUGACAUGCGCAGUGAUUCCCGGCGAUCACUUCACGAUGAUGAGAAACCCCGGCGUGAAAGAGCUGGGCGCCAAAUUGGCAGAGACAUUGCGGUGA